GUGAGAAGCUGCCUGGUUUCUGAGUGAUGCAAAUCCAAACAAUGAAAUGCCAGACCGCAAGCGUGUUGAUUUUAACUCUUUCUCUGCAAUUAAUACAAGGCUUAGCAGAGGACCUGGCUGAGGGGAAACAUCUGAGCAACAAGGAGAAUAGCACCAACCCACUGGCUGAUGGAGAGAGCUUUAAGGGCCGUUGGGUUGGUUGCAGUGAAGAGAUAUUUUCCAACUCGCCUUCAGACUCAGUUCAUGCUUUAAGACCUUCACAGAUCAAGGUCGUUGCACGUUUGGGAGAUGCGCUAACUGUAGAGCCCCCACAGCAUAGUGGACAUUUGACAAGCAAUGACAAGGAUCCAGAUUCUUGGAUGCCAGUCUCCUUGCCAGAUAUUUUAAAAUCAUUUAAUCCUGGCGUGAUUGGAUACUCCUUAGGAAACGGAAACCAUGUCAACACCUCAUUAGAUCUGUCUGUUGUGAGAGCAAAAGCUGGGGAAUUACCAGGGAUGGCUCAAAAACUGGUGACCAGUUUGAAAAAUAACAUGCUCAUUGACUUUCAGAAGGAUUGGAAGCUGAUCACAGUUUACCUUGGCAUUGGUGAUAUGUGUGCCUAUUGCACAAAUCAGGAAUAUUACUCACCAGAAAAGGUUGUGCUUAGAAUUAAAGAAGCUCUGGAUAUAUUGCAUCGAGAGAUCCCGCGAGCUUAUGUGAAUCUUGUGGAGAUGCCAGAUAUUAACCUCCUGCACCAGCUCUCUGAUAGGGCCACUGGGCUGAGGGGCUGGUGUGAGUGUUUGGUCAAACCCCAUGAAUCUUUCGAUAUAUCUGCACAGUUCAUUAACUGGGAUUACCAGAACACCCUCCAGGAACUGGUCUACUCUGGGAUCUAUGACAAACACAAUAACUUCACAGUGGUUCUGCAGCCCUUUAUCAAAAACAUGGAGAUACCUCUUACUGCAGAUGGUCAACCCAAUCUAAGCUGCUUCACACAGAAUGGCUUCCAUUUCAAUGCCAAAGGUCAUGCCCUCUUAGACAGCAGUCUUUGGAAUAACAUGAUCAAACCCAGUGUUGGUGGAAUUGAAGUCCUUGAAUGCACAGCCACAGUUCCUCAGCUACACUGUCCAUCCCAGGAGAGACCUUACCUCUUCACUUACCAAAACAGGGACUACGGAAACAGCCAGAAUAUGGAGGACAGGGGGCCAAGUCAGCAGAGUUCUGGCAGCAAACUGACUUGUACAGAAAGGGACCCCUCUGAUGCUAUUCCAGUCUCAGUCCACAAGCUUAGACCAGCCGACAUAAAGGUGAUUGCUGCCCUCGGAGAUUCCAUCACGGCUGGGAAUGGAGCAGGAUCAAAGCCCAGUGAUCUUCUUGAUGUUCUCACCCAGUACAGAGGAUUUUCCUGGAGCAUUGGAGGAGAUGAAAAUAUAACUGCUGUCACCACAUUGACGAAUAUUCUCCGUGAGUUCAACCCUUCGUUGGUCGGAUAUUCCACUGGUAUUGGCCGUGAAGACACUCCCCAGGCUUUCUUGAAUCAGGCUGUCGCAGGAGCUGAGUCUAUGGAACUGAUGAGCCAAAUCAGGAGCCUGGUGAAGCUGCUGAGAAAUGAUUCGAGAAUCAAUUUUCAAGAAGAUUGGAAGAUUAUCACCUUGUUCAUCGGAGGGAAUGAUCUCUGCGCAUGUUGCAAGGACCCUAGCAAAUAUUCUCCAGAAAACUUUACAAACAGCAUCCGGAAUGCAUUGGAUAUGCUUCACAAUGAGGUCCCACGAGCUUUCGUGAAUCUGGUGACGGUUCUCAACAUUUUACCAUUGCGUGGGCUUUUCACUAACACAAGGGUGAAUUGUCCACGGUUCCUCUUAAAAUUGCUCUGUAAUUGUGUCAUUAAUCCACAAGACAAUUCAAUACAGUUGGAAAAACUCCGAAUCCUGAAUCGUAAAUACCAGGAAAGAACUCAUAUGUUGGUUGAGUCUGGAAGGUAUGAUACCAGGGAAGACUUUACUGUGGUCAUCCAACCAUUUCUAGAGAAUAUUGAAAUACCACGAGACAAGAACGGCCUGCCUGACAAAACCUAUUUUUCACCAGAUUGUUUUCACUUCAGUUUGAAGGGUCAUUCGCAGGCAGCUCGGGGUCUAUGGAACAAUUUGUUGGAGCCCCUUGGUAAAAAGAAUGUCAAUCAAACGUUUGAUGGUCACAUCAACAUCAGCUGUCCUUCAAAGGAGCAGCCUUACUUGAGGACGUACAGGAACAGUAAUUUUACUUAUCCAAAUAACCCUGGGCAGCUGACGACAGUAACCCCUGAAACCAUUAAAACCACAACUGUUCCAUCGUUCGAGGUCUUUGGAAGCCAGUUACUUUGUAAGGACAGGGCUCCAUCAGACAUCAUUCCAAAUUCAGUUCACUCUCUACGACCGGCUGAUGUGAAGGUGAUCGGAGCAGUGGGUGACUCUCUGACGGCCGGCAAUGGAAUAGGCUCCAAACCCAAUGAUGUUCUGGAUGUCUUAACCCAGUACAGAGGCUUAUCCUUCAGCAUUGGAGGAGAUGAGUCAUUGAGGAGUUCCACAACUCUGCCAAAUAUUCUUCGUGAAUUUAACCCUUCAUUGACUGGAUUUUCAACUGGAAAGGGAAAUCUUGAAAACCCCAAAACAUUCCUGAAUCAAGCUUUUCCUGGAGCGUUAGCUGCGGAUCUUCCAGGUCAAGUGAGAAGAUUAGUGGACAUCAUGAAAAAUCAUCCAAAAAUCGAUUUUCAGAAUGACUGGAAGAUUAUCAACAUGUUUAUUGGUGGAAAUGACAUCUGCAAUUACUGCACUGAUUUGGCUUAUUACUCUGCUGUAAACUUUGCAAGGCGAAUUGAAGAAGCUUUGGACAUCCUUCACAAAGAGGUUCCGAGAACUUUCGUCAACCUAAUUGAGGUAUUAGAACUCAUUCCUCUAAGACGCCUCCACCAAGAUACUCAGCUGAACUGUCCCAGAACACUUGUAAGAAUGCUGUGUUACUGUGUGGUAAAACCCAAUGAAAACUCUCCAGAGCUACAGAUGAUGAUCGAAGCCAACAAAGCCUAUCAGGCAGGGGCCCAGUGUAUCUCCUUUUCGUGUGGCGGCGUCAGAAGACGAGCCAAGACCCUGUUGGUCAACUCGGAGCCAGGGCUCCGUCAGCCGACGUCCAACAUCGGAGGAGGUGUGGGACUCAUGCAGAAUGACCGAAUCCACCUCGAAGGUGGCGGUCGUGGAAGCAAUGGUUCCGGCGGCAUCAGCGAAGGAGCACAUUGCCAGGACCCGGAGGGAGGGAACAAUGUUGGGUUUGGAGCCAAGGCAAAGACAAUUCUUGAACUGCGGAUUCAAUAUCAAGGUGUUGCAUGGAGCAUUGGUGGGGAUAAAUCGCUCAAGAUUGUGACUACUCUUCCUAAUGUAUUGAAAAAAUUUAAUCCAAGGAUCUACGGUUUUGCUACUGGGAUUGGAAAAUGGAAUAGUAAAUUCAACGUGGCUGUCCCAGGUGCAAUGUCCCACAAUGUGCCAAAGCAGGCUCGUACCCUGGUACAGCUCAUGAAGAAUAGUUCAAAAAUCAAUUUCAAGCAGGACUGGAAAGUAAUCACCCUUUUCAUUGGAGCCAAUGAUCUCUGCGAGUACUGUAUGAAUAAGGAAGCGUAUUCUGCAGAUAAUUAUGUGAAACAUAUUGAGGAGGCACUGGAUAUACUGCACCAACAGGUGCCAAGAGCUUUUAUAAAUAUGGUGCAAAUUCUGGAAAUGAGUGGUAUUCGAAGACUAAAGAAGAAUACAAUUGGCUGUGCAUUGUUACAGAAAGACAUUUGUCCUUGCUUUUUAAAUCCAAGAGAAAAUUCUCCUGAGUUACAUGAGAUGAUAAGAGUUAACAGAGACUAUCAGAGCAAACUGACUGCAUUAAUUUAUAGUGGAAAAUAUGACACGAAUGAGGAGUUCACCGUUGUGUUGCAGCCCUAUUUUACAAACGCAAUUGUUCCAUUAAACAGUACUGGCCAGCCAGACAUGAGCUUCUUUUCGGUCGAUUGCUUCCAUUUAAGUGAACGAGGACAAGCCGAGAUGGCCAUUGGCUUGUGGAACAAUAUGCUGGAACGAACUGGAUACAAGCAAAAUUACAUCAAUUUUACCUAUGACCGAACCAAAUUGAAGUGUCCUAACUCUGAUGCACCUUAUCUGUUCACACAUAGAAACAGUGCAGUCAAACCAGAAAACCCAUCGAUAAAACCUACAUCAAUAGCAGUGACUACUACAGCUAAAGGAGGCCUCACAGCAGAGCAAAGAGUUUGGCUUGUUGUUCUAACAGCAGUGGUUGCAGUGAUAUUAGGGCAGCACCGGUCCUGGUCAUUUUAAACCUGAAAUCCUAGCAUUUGGAGUGUAUUAAAAACCAGAAAUAAGUACAAAUGGCAUAAUGCUACUGAGUUUUUUUUAAUGUUCAAUUGACCUUUUAUGGGGAAAAUAUAAAAGCAGAAUGACAAUUUGAGAUUACAGAAGGCUGUUUCAUUUACCUAUUCACAAUAAAGGAUAUUCUGUUUCCUUGGGAUAUUUCUAAAAGCCCUGCAUUCAAUUUGUAGAAAAUUACUCUCUAUAGUUUGAUUUUAUACCAUUUUCUAUGCAUUCCACCAUUCUAUCUAGUCAUUUAGAAACCCAGGAGCAUUGUGCUGAUAGCUUCAGCGAUCUGACAACUAAAUUUCAACCAAUUCGAUUCACUCCCUGUGAUGACAAGAAAUGUCUGAACCCGCUGGAUACUUGUUGGAAAUUAGGGUCCGCUUUAAAACUGAAAUUCUUUCAGUGUUUUGUAUUUAGUAUUUACUGUGCAGCCUGAAUUUUACAGCAAUAACUAGCCUUCUGCAAAUAUAAACAGAUCUGUAGUAUAUAAAAAUAGUAGGGAUGUUUUAAGGAUCACAGACGUCAUGACUCAUAUCAAGUAUUUAUCAGGUGCUGCACUACCCUAUUAUUAAUACAAUCUUUUAAAAAACAGCAAGUUUUUGUUUUUAGAAGGAAUGCAAACUAAC